AGCUACCGAUGAAAGGCUAUGUGGAAGCUGGGCUCGCGUCACAAAAUUGUGGCUUCCAGCUUUGCAAAACCCAGCAGGUGGAGGCAGGGCCAGUGAAAGGAAACUGAGGGGGAAGAGAAGGUUUCAAGAGAUCUGGUAACUUCUGCCGUUGCAGAGAGACGAGAGACGGGCAAAGGCAGGAAGCCGUCUCUUUUCCUAGCCUUUUCUACGGGAAAGCGACAUAGACAUGCUGUCGUUUUGUUGGCUCAUCAUGACCACGCUGGUCUUCCUGAAGGUGUCCUGCAGCCCCGUAAAUCUGGCCCUGGAGGGAGCAUGGAAGGGAUGGAAAGAAACCCACACCAAGGAUUACCUGGAGGAGGAAGAAGCUUUUCGUCGGAUGGUCUGGGAGAAGAACCUGUGGAGGAUUGAACAGCACAAUUUGGAAGCCGCUCGGGGCAAACACAGUUUCCAAUUGGCCAUGAACCACUUGGGUGAUCUGACAGAUGAGGAGUUUAACCAGAUGCUGAACGGUUUCCAGCCCAAUUUAGCCGAAGAGUACGAAGAGGGCGACACUUACUUCCAAGGAUCAGCCACGGAGGAGACACCCAAGCAGGUGGACUGGCGUACGAAGGGUUACGUUACUCCUGUAAAAAAUCAGGGUCGUUGUGGCUCCUGCUGGGCCUUCAGUGCCACGGGGGCUCUGGAAGGGCUGCUCUUCAAGAAGACCGGCAAGCUGGUCUCCCUGAGCGAACAAAACCUCAUGGAUUGCUCCUGGAAGCUGGGCAACAAGGGCUGUCAUGGGGGCUACGUCAGCCACGCCUUUGAGUACGUUUGGCAAAACGGAGGCAUCGAUUCGGAGCAGGAUUACCCUUACCAGGAGAAGGAUGGCUUCAACUGUCAAUACAAACCUGAAACUCGGGCGGGCAACUGCACGUCCUUAGUGCGGAUUCCGCCAGAGAAUGAGACAGCGCUGGAGCAAGCUGUAGCCACGAUGGGACCCAUAUCAUUGGGUGUGGACGCUCGGAGUUUCCAGUUCCAUUUCUAUAAGUCGGGUAUCUUUGCAAGCAGAUGGUGCACCCACCACGUCAACCACGCCAUGCUGGCUGUGGGCUACGGCGCUGAGCAGGAGGAUAACAAGACCACGAAUUAUUGGAUCCUAAAGAACAGCUGGACCGAGAAGUGGGGCGAGCAGGGCUACAUGCGAUUGGUGAAAGGAGAUGAUAACCAUUGUGGUGUAGCCAAUCAAGCUUGUUAUCCAAUUAUGUAACAGAUCCAGCAUCGGUUCACCCCAAAUCUUCUCCGCUUCGGAGUUUCAACCUUUCCAACUGAACUCUCCUUUUGCCGGCAUCGUCGCCCCAGAUUGGGUUAAAAGUUUAAAUCAAAUUUAUUUCUUCCUGGUUUCUGAUGCUAGUUUCUCUACGGUGUGAAGAGUGCUCAGCUGUUGUUAACAGCUUCCUGGAUCUUAUAAUGAGUGGUCUGCAGUACGCAAGUUUUAAUAAAUGUUCUCUUGAGCUUAUCCAGUGCCUGAUG